GUUUCUCUUUGAUUCUAUGCAUAGUGGCAUAUAGGCGAAUCCCCCAGAUGCGUUAACAGUCAUACAGAAAAAGAAAGAAGAAAGAAGAUUCUAUUCAUAAACAUAAGGCCUUGGAAAAUAAAUAUUUUGAUUACUACAAACUACAAUGUAUACUAUUUCAGCAGAAGAGGAGAAAAAAAUUCUUCACUUUUUACAAUCGCAAGGAUGUUGUUUGAGAUGUUGCUUACGAUUUAUUGGAUAUCGUACAUCAGAUUGUUAUUGCAAACCUUUUGAAUUUGCGACACAAAUUGACAGUUUUGAUAUAAAAGAUUAUACUUCUUUGGAAGAAACACCUUGUAUUGUGUGUGUAGGAAUACUUCAAGAUAAGACACAAGAAAAAGUAAUUAGAAAGGUAAUAGAAGAAGUAAACAAAAAAGGUUAUGAUUGUACAACUUUUACCUGUGCAUUGACUGUUCCUAUAUCAGUGAAACUCAGAGAACAUAUAUUGUAUGCUCAUAUGUCUAAAGAACUGGGAAUUCACAAAUCCGUUAUAGAUUCUCUUAGAACAAGAUUACAAAAUAUCAAAGAUGCUUGGAAAUCAUUUAUGAUUCCAAAACUGGAACAUGCUAUGAAAAAAUGUGCAGAUUUGUUGACACCAUCACCUUUCCUCAUCGAGAUUUUCUUAAUGUAUGCCAAUGAUGAGAUAAUAUUAAAAAAAUUAAUAAACAAAUAUAAAGAGGGUAAUAAUAAACAGAAGAAAAGAAAAUACAAUGAUAAUAUAUUUAGUAAGAGGAAUAUUGAAACUUUACUCACUGAAACAACAGAUGAACAACUUGUUCAACACUUUACACUCUCACAAAUUCUAUCGGAAACAUUUGUUUCUGUAGAGAAUAUUUUAUGUUCUCAUAGCAGUAUUUUUAUAGGAGGAUGUUAUAACAAAUUUUCAAGAAAACUCAGUCAGACUCCAUGGUUCAUAAAUGGUGAGAAAAAAGUGGAUACCUCAGUUCAAGACUUGUUAUGCAAUCCUAUUGCUGAAACUGUAAAGGCAGAAUCAAUUAAAUUUUUAUCAUCAGGAAGAGAAGAUGUUGAUGUACGAAACAUAUAUGGUGGUCGACCAUUCGCAGUUGAGCUACUAAAUCCUCAUAUGACAAAUAUUACAAAUGAACUUUUAAAACAUUUAGCUGCUAAUAUCAAUCAACUAACUAAGCAGGUCCAAAUAACAUCAGGUUUAAAAGUUCUUUCAAGGCCUGAUUUGAGAAAACUUAAGGAAGGAGAAAAUGUUAAAACAAAGUUUUAUCGAGCAUUAUGUAUUUGUCAAAAUGUGAACGGCGACAUUUUGCCACAAUUGGAAGAUCUAAAUAAAUUGAAGAAUAUCAAAAUCAUUCAGAAAACGCCAAUAAGAGUGUUGCAUAGGCGGCCUUUAAAUCCACGAACACGCAUUAUUUAUGAGAUGCGUGUACGUUGGGCAAAGCCGCACGAACUGAAAUUAUUACAAAAUUCCGUUGAGAGCACCAACAUGUUUUUCAUUCUCGAUGUCAAAACGCAAGCAGGUACAUAUGUAAAGGAAUUCGUACAUGGUGAUUUUGGUAGGACUAAGCCAAGUUUAUGUGAUUUACUUAAUACUGAAGUGGAUAUUGUAGCAUUAGAUGUCACAGGUAUUAAUUUGCAAUGGCCAUAACAAUGAGUUAAUUAAUUAAUUGAUACUUUUGAUAUUACAUUUAAUAAAAAUUAC